GCGGGGCUUAAAAACCAUAGCCAAUCCCGGCGUUAUUGUAGAAAGGUUUCAACAAGGUCGUGAGGUAGGCUCCUCCCCAUUAGUGUCAGCAUAGUGACGCAAUGUCAAGUGUACUGACUCGUAAGGGAACUGUGGAUAAUCCAAUUCUACUUAUUCAGGCGAUCGAUUUGUCAGGUCUGAACAGGUGUUGCGUUGAUCAACAGGAGGUGAGGCCACGACGUUUGUUUUGUGUGAAUGUGUGUGCGCGCGCUGUAAACAGAAACGUAUUUCCCUGAACAACAGCAAAUGUCACUUCGUCCAAACACUGAACGCCUUCGGGUGCUUUCUGGAAAUUAAUAAAGCUGAAUCUUAAACUCUAAGGAUAUAAACUAAUAUUCAAAGAAAUGCUUCUAUUUGUCCUGCUGCUGUGUCAUUUCACUUUGUGUGGACACUGUGCGUGUAUGAGAAAAACCCUCCAAAUAGAAGCAGAUCAAGACGGUAAAGUGUUUGUUGUGGGCCAGGAGGCCAACACAUUUUUGGGACGCCACCUGUUGUUCAACCGCUUCGACUUUGAGAUCUUCACCCCAGGUAAUCUGGAGAGGGAAUGUUACGAGGAGAUAUGCAACUACGAGGAGGCUCGGGAAGUCUUUGAGAAUGUUCCUGAUACGAAUGCCUUUUGGAGGACAUAUACAGCAGAUAAAGAAGAGUACCAAUCAAAAGUUGAUGUAACAGCCUUGUUGGUGGGCAUCAUCUCUGCUGGAGUCUUUAUUGUUGUAAUUGGCCUCCUGAUCUGGUACUUCUGCCAGGGCAGGAAUAAAGACUAUGGCUUUAGAGGGUCCAUAAGACGUCGCUCCACCCGAAGCAAUGCCUCUGUGAUAAUCCGGAGACUGGAGGAGGUCUCUCUGCAUCCUAUUCCUCGUACACUCUCAGAUGAUAACCCAGAUGCUCAUGGUUUGCCUUCUUAUGACCAGGCCAUUGCCAUCACUGGACCACAUGAUGCUCCACCUCCACCAUAUCCUGGUUCGAGGCCAGGCAGUAUCCAUCGAUAGCAUCAUUUGCUGGACUGUAUCAGGAUGGACAAAGCCAUUUCUUUCUUGGAAAGACUGGAGAAGUGUUAAACCAAAAGCAUUCCACUCUGAUUGAAUUGCUUAGAAUAAACCGCUAAUAUAAAAAUUGGCAGAAUAAUAACGUGCAAUGCUGCACUGUAUCAUUUAACAUGAGCUUUGUUGUCUUACUAAGCAAUGAGUUGGAAUUACUGGAAGCAUUGCAGUCACAAUCAGGGCAGUUUAGGUAGUUAAAAUUACAAAGAAAUGUGACUUCCACAAUCUAAUUAACUUUUUCAUUUUGUAAAUAUUUUAAAUGUUUGUAUUUAGAUAUUUAACUAUAAAAAUGAAAAUCUAGUUUAGAUAUGAAUUAUUGUAACAAUAAGAAGACUGAUCAUAAUGAUUUUUUUAUAUUCUGGGCUUUUUAUGAAGGAAAAAAAAUAAUCGUUAUACAAGUAAUUAUUUUUUAUUUUAUUUUUUUUGUGCAAGAUAUAGAGACGCAGAUUGACUUCUGUCACUUGAGAUGAAAUGCUUUUUUUGCAAAGUCCUGUUAAUUCUGUGAUCCACACAACAAAAACACAAUUACCUCCUCGUUCUAAUGUGAUGACUAUCAAGUCAGACUAAGUUGUUUGCACUAGGCCUUGUGCAUAAUGAUAAAUAAAUGUUGUUCCUUUCAUCUUA